AUGUGUGAGGUGAUGCCCACAAUCAACGAGGGUGACCCCCUGGGGCCUCCCCAUGGCACCGAUGCCGACGCCAACUUUGAACAGCUGAUGGUGAACAUGCUGGAUGAGCGAGAGAAGUUACUGGAGUCCCUCCGGGAGAGUCAGGAGACCUUGGCAGCCACGCAGAGCCGGCUCCAGGACGCCCUGCAUGAGCGGGACCAGCUCCAGCGCCACCUUAACUCCGCCCUCCCCCAGGAAUUUGCCACCUUAACCCGGGAGCUGAGCAUGUGUCGGGAGCAGCUUCUAGAGCGGGAGGAAGAGAUCUCAGAGCUGAAAGCAGAACGGAAUAACACGAGGCUGCUUCUGGAACACCUGGAAUGCCUGGUGUCCCGCCAUGAGCGGUCACUGCGGAUGACAGUGGUGAAGCGCCAGGCCCAGUCACCUUCAGGGGUCUCCAGUGAGGUGGAGGUGCUGAAGGCCCUCAAGUCACUGUUUGAGCACCAUAAGGCCUUGGAUGAGAAGGUGCGAGAGCGGCUCCGGGCAGCACUGGAGCGAGUUACCACCUUGGAGGAGCAGCUGGCAGGUGCCCACCAGCAGGUGUCUGCCCUGCAGCAGGGAGCAGGGGUUCGGGACGGAGUGCCAGAAGAGGAGGGGACCGUGGAGCUGGCACCGAAACGCCUAUGGAAGGACGAAGCGGGCCGGCUCGAAGAGCUGCAGGAGCUCCUGGAGAAGCAGAACUUUGAGUUGAGCCAGGCCCGGGAGCGACUGGUAACCCUGACAGCAACUGUGACUGAACUGGAGGAGGACCUGGGCACGGCCCGCAGGGACCUCAUCAAGUCUGAGGAGCUGAGCAGCAAGCAUCAGCGGGACCUCCGUGAGGCUCUGGCCCAGAAGGAGGACAUGGAGGAGCGGAUCACCACACUGGAGAAGCGCUACCUGGCUGCUCAGCGCGAGGCCACGUCCAUCCAUGACCUCAACGACAAGCUGGAGAACGAGCUGGCCAACAAGGAGUCCCUACACCGUCAGUGUGAGGAGAAGGCCCGACACCUACAGGAGCUGCUGGAGGUGGCUGAGCAGAAGCUGCAGCAGACAAUGCGCAAGGCAGAGACACUGCCGGAGGUAGAGGCUGAGCUGGCCCAGAGAAUCGCAGCCCUCACCAAGGCUGAAGAGCGCCAUGGCAACAUUGAGGAGCACUUGAGGCAGCUGGAGGGGCAGCUGGAGGAGAAGAACCAGGAGCUGGCAAGGGUGCGCCAGCGGGAGAAGAUGAAUGAGGACCACAACAAGCGACUGUCAGACACCGUGGACCGGUUGCUUAGCGAGUCAAACGAGCGCCUGCAGCUCCACCUCAAGGAGCGCAUGGCGGCCCUUGAGGAAAAGAACACGCUGAUCCAGGAGUUGGAGAGCUCCCAGCGGCAGAUUGAGGAGCAGCACCACCACAAGGGCCGCCUGUCUGAAGAGAUUGAGAAGCUGCGCCAAGAGGUGGACCAGCUGAAGGGUCGAGGGGGGCCAUUUGUGGAUGGCAUCCACUCCAGGUCACACAUGGGCAGUGCAGCGGACGUGCGCUUCUCCCUGACCACAACCACCCACGCACCCCCUGGGCUGCAUCGCCGCUUCUCAGCACUUCGGGAAGAGCCUGCCAAGGACUGGGAGCCAUCUCCACUGCCUGGGGUGCUGGCCCCAACAGCCACCCCUGCCAUCGACAGUGACACCGAGAUCUCCGACAUGGAUGAGGAAGAGCCAGGGGGGCUGUUGGGCUCCGUGGAUGUUGUCUCUCCAAGCGGCCACUCUGAUGCCCAGACUCUGGCAAUGAUGCUGCAAGAGCAGCUGGAUGCCAUCAACGAGGAGAUUAGGAUGAUCCAGGAAGAGAAGGAGUCCACCGAGCUCCGCGCUGAGGAGAUUGAGACACGAGUGACCAGUGGCAGCAUGGAGGCCCUGAACCUGACACAGCUACGGAAACGCGCUUCCAUCCCUACCUCUCUGACAGCCCUGUCCCUGGCCAGCGCGUCCCCACCACUCAGCGGCCGCUCUACACCGAAGCUUACCUCCCGCAGUGCCGCCCAGGACCUGGACCGAAUGGGGGUCAUGACCCUGCCCAGUGACUUAAGAAAGCAUAGAAGGAAGCUGCUGUCGCCAGUGUCUCGGGAAGAGAACCGAGAGGAUAAAGCCACCAUAAAAUGUGAGACUUCUCCUCCUUCCUCACCCAGGACGCUGCGGCUAGAGAAGCUUGGCCACCCAGCCCUGAGCCAGGAGGAAGGCAAGAGUUCCUUGGAGGAUCAGGGCAGCAACCCCAGCAGCAGCAACAGCAGCCAGGACUCCUUACACAAGGGUGCCAAGCGCAAGGGCAUCAAGUCAUCCAUCGGCCGCCUGUUCGGGAAGAAGGAGAAGGGCAGGCUGAUCCAGCUGAGUCGGGAUGGAGCCACGGGCCAUGUUCUUCUAACAGACUCCGAGCUCAGUCUGCAGGAGCCCAUGGUGCCUGCCAAGCUGGGGACCCAGGCAGAGAAGGACCGGCGAUUGAAGAAGAAACACCAGCUGCUUGAAGAUGCCCGUAGAAAAGGGAUGCCCUUUGCCCAGUGGGAUGGCCCUACUGUGGUCUCCUGGCUGGAGCUCUGGGUGGGGAUGCCUGCCUGGUACGUAGCAGCCUGCCGGGCCAAUGUCAAGAGUGGUGCCAUCAUGUCCGCCCUGUCGGACACGGAGAUCCAGCGGGAGAUUGGCAUCAGCAAUGCCCUGCACCGGCUCAAGCUCCGCCUGGCCAUCCAGGAGAUGGUGUCGCUGACCAGCCCUUCAGCCCCACCUACCUCCAGGACUUCUUCUGGGAACGUCUGGGUCACCCAUGAAGAGAUGGAAACUCUGGCAACGUCUACAAGAACAGACAGUGAGGAGGGCAGCUGGGCUCAGACCCUGGCCUAUGGGGACAUGAACCACGAAUGGAUUGGGAACGAAUGGCUGCCCAGCCUGGGGCUGCCCCAGUACCGCAGCUACUUCAUGGAGUGCCUGGUAGACGCCCGCAUGCUUGACCACCUCACCAAGAAGGACCUUCGGGUCCACCUGAAGAUGGUAGACAGCUUCCAUCGAACCAGUCUUCAGUAUGGUAUCAUGUGUCUGAAGAGGCUGAACUAUGACCGCAAGGAGCUGGAGAAGAGGCGGGAAGAGAGCCAGCAUGAGAUCAAGGAUGUGUUGGUCUGGACCAACGACCAGGUGGUUCAUUGGGUCCAGUCUAUUGGGCUUCGGGACUACGCAGGAAACCUGCAUGAGAGCGGUGUGCAUGGUGCCCUGCUGGCCCUGGAUGAGAACUUUGACCACAACACGCUGGCCCUGGUCCUCCAGAUCCCCACGCAGAACACCCAGGCACGCCAGGUGAUGGAGAGAGAGUUCAACAACCUGUUGGCCUUGGGCACAGACCGGAAGCUGGAUGACGGGGACGACAAGGUGUUCCGCCGCGCGCCCUCCUGGAGAAAACGCUUCCGGCCGCGGGACCACCACGGCGGCAUGAUCGGCGCCUCGGCCGAGACGCUCCCCGCCGGCUUCCGCGUGUCCACUCUGGGGUCCCUGCAGCCGCCACAGGCCCCGCCAAAGAAGAUCAUGCCUGAAGCUCACUCCCACUAUCUCUACGGACACAUGCUCUCCGCCUUCCGGGACUAGCCACGGCCCCCAGGGCCGGCUCCCUCCUUCUGCGCUUCAGGGCUCUGCCGGCCCUGACCCCUCCUGCUUGUUCCCCUUCCUCCCACGGCUCCUAGUCUCGUCUGUG